AUGCCUCGAGCACCACGUCUCCGCAGAUGCCGCCGAGUCUCGGACCUUCGCCAGAGGAGACUGCAGGCAGUCAAUUCAAAUGAGGGUAUACAGGAGGAGGGCUACGAGAAGACCACACCGGCAUGGUUGCUGCCCACCGAAGUAACCUGCGCCAUCUUCGAGGCGGCCUUAGGGCCUUCACCUUUUUUUACAGGAGGACAAUCUCUGCCAGGCAGCGAAGUUAUCGCCAUCUCGCAAGUAUGCAGGACGUGGAGAGACAUCGCUCUUGACUACACGCCUCUUUGGACCACCUUUGCAUACUCGGACAAAGGUCCUAUGAGUAACCUAAACCAGGAGAUGGUUCUUUCUCGACUCCAGCUUCACCUCGAUCGCUCGGGCGGGCGACCGGUCGACCUUUGGGUAGACGCCGCCAAUUCUCAACUUUCAGACAAAUUGUACGACGCCUUCACGGAACACAUGGGCCGCUGGCGACGAGUGGCUUUGCAGCUGAACCCGAGUAGCGACGGAGUACCGCUGAGGAUCGCCCAGCCUGAUCUCGCACCGAACUUGGAAGCGUUCGCGCUCGCUAACAGCCGCCCAACUUCAAUUUCAUAUUUUCCUUUUCCCAAUUUCACCCUUAAUGCCCCAAAGUUGGACACCCUCCGCAUGGAUUUCAGGGCGUUCAAGACCUGGGCUCCGACCACAACAAUUACAAGACUAGAUAUCGACCAGUGGUGCCACAGCCACUCGGCUUACUUGCCUUGGUCUACAUUUCUGGAUAUAAUCUCGUCACCUGCCUUGAAGAGCCUUAUGAUACGUGCUCUCCCAGGAGGAGUCAUGUUUAAGGCACCGACCAGUUCAGACAUGGCGCGGAGGGUCGAUACCAACCUCGAGGACAUUCAUUGCACUGAAGUCCGGGUGGCGCAUACCAUGUGGGGUUUUAUUCGUAGCGCACCCCGUCUACGAACAAUUUCCUUCUUCCACAUGGGGGUUCAUCGCAAGUGGGACAUCCAGGAAGCCGCAAACCGUUGGGGCCUCAAUCUAUUCGGGAAAGACUACGACCUUCGAUUCCCCGUUCUCAAGAGCGUGUCUAUGAUAGAUUGCGUUGUCAGCAAGCUCAACUUAGAAUGCCUUGCCAAAUUGACGCCGCACGUAGUCAGCUUUGGCGUAUUCGCAGUGAAGACUACGCAAGGAAUGCCCAUCGAUACUCUCAUGUCCCGAGAAGAAAGAAGCGUGGAAGAUAUCAUGUGGCCGAAGCUCGAUUUCGUCAGGGCAAAUAUCAAGGAUAUCAAGCAGGCCCAGUACGACUCAUACUCGAAAUUUCUCUUGGGUCGUUCGGCAUUGAAGAAACCUUGCACUCUAUUGUUAUACACCCCUGAAGCGGACCGCUGGAAGGAGCAGGACGUAAGGGGAUGGAAAAAGCUUGAAAAUAGAGGCCUUGUGCACGAUCUCGGCCAAAGGGUCGUGGGCCAAUGCAUUUGA